AUGUACUACGACCUAUCACUGCCGUGGCCAGCCAUCCCCGCGGAGAGCUCAAAGAGCGUCAAGGGGAAGCAAAAGGCCAAGCCGAGCGAUGAUGACGGCUCAGAGAUAAAGCAAAGAGCAGCCGUAGAGGCACUCUCAAGUCAUGUCAGCCGUGAUCAGAUCAAGCGAGCUGUCGAGCUCGCAGCACAGCUGUCGUACGACGCCGUUGCGUUCAAUAGCUACGUGCCAGUGGGAGCUCUUGCCAGUCCUUCUCAGCUUCCGUCACUCAAUGCGCUCGGCAUAAAGGGCCUUGUAGCACCUUUUCCUGAUCUCGAUAUCCGACACAGCAGCUCGGUUGCUACACAGAGACUCUUGCAGCUCAGUCGCGUCACUAUCGCUGUAGAUGAGCAAAGUAUCUCUGGCGGCAAAGGCAAUGGACUCUUCUUCACGUCGGCGAAUGCUUCGGCUCUGGCUUCAUUUGACAUCGUUGCUGCUCAUCCGCUCGAUGGAGCCAGUUUCACCUAUGUUUGUCUUUCGCUCAGCGGGCCAGGCCCAUCGGGUGUCGACAUCAUCACGCUAGAUCUCGCGAUCGCGCCUCGUCUGCCCUUCCAACUCAAGCGCUCUGCAGUCGUCUUUGCAGUCAAACAAGGCGUCUUUUUCGAGAUUGCCUAUGGUCCCAUGAUGCGCUCUUCUUCUGCUUCGUCGACAGCCUAUCAGGGUUUGCCCGAAGGGCUCAUUGGCCGUGGACCGGGAAGAGAAGUACCGAAAGAUGCGAGAAAGUACAUCAUCGCCGGCGCGAGAGAGCUUGUAAGAUUGACAAAGGGCAAGAACAUCAUCUUGUCGUCAGAGAUCAGGCGUGCGAUGGAGCUGCGUGCCCCAGAAGACCUCUUCAAUCUAUGCCACAUAUUCGGACUGAAGUCGGACGACGCUCGCAAAACGCUUCAGGAUAACCCAAAAGCUGCAGUUCUACACGGCUAUGCGAUACGCAAAACGCAUCGCGCAGUCAUUGGCGUGCCGACGAUCAAGCCGCUUGGCACGACCGAACUCGUCACCAAGCCGCAUGAUCGUAUCGUCGCAAAGACCAAAAGGAAGCCUGCAGAAGACGCUCGGCCAGAAAAUCUGAUCCCUGCGCAAGCACCUUCACAGCCAGCGACCAAGCGACAGAGGACAGACUGA